AUGCUCUUCAGGAUCACUGCUCUCCUCAACACACUGCUACUAAUAGUGUGUGCAGCAGCACUGCGCGAACGGGAGCAGCCCUCACAAACAACUGUCAAAUAUACCGCAAAGCUUGCUGCCAGCGUACAGUGUCUUAACGAGAUCAACACAGUCCGAGAGGCAGCCAGGUUGUCCCACUUCACACAGGCUACCGAAGAAACUCAAUUGACUGCCCCAGAUAGCAAUGAAUUAGCGGAAAACAGCAAAUGGAGGAAAGUCUGUGAACAUUUGACAGCCACGGAAGAAGCAAACUACCAAGUGGUCGCUGAAGCGGAAAAUCCGUUCAAGGAUGGAACGUAUGCAUUCAAAUCUCUCACUGGUGCGCAGCCCAGCUGCAACGAAACUGUCGACUACUGGAAGGCAGCAUUCAAAAGCUUCACUGGACUUCCACCGUCAAAAAGCGAAGCAAACGGCCUGUACGACAAACAAGACAACGUUUCCUUUGUGGCUCUCUACAACCCCUCAUCCAGUGCCACUGCAGAUUGCCGGGUUGUGACGUGCACUAAAACAACAAGCUCUACCGCAAAUCAGCUUAUAGAAUCCGACGCGGAGGAGACCCAGGAAUAUGGCUAUGCAUUGAUUUGCAAGACAAUGCCUGCUGCUUUUGCAGAUGAAAAUUCAGCUCCAUUCACGCAACAGCAGUGGGACGGGAUUGUCUCCUCCCUCACAGGUUCUGCAUCUGUCGCAGUCCCAAAACUUGUGGGCGUUUUCAUCCUCGCGCUUGGCAUGGUGGCACUGUGA